UGUGUCAAAUGUACGAAGUGGCGUACGGUUGGCUCUGCACACCGAACAUAGGGAUCAACGGAAGCUUGCCUCUGUACCCCUGAGCGUACCUGAAAACGAGUAGGUAAAGCGCGCCGCAACUUUUAACCUUCGCCAACAGUGAUCGGCAAUCAGCAAAUCCACUGUCAUCAAAACCUGUGCGGCGGUCGCACAGGCGUCACCACGGCCAUGUCCGUGCUACUUGACAGCUUCCACACGGAUGCGGCGCCAUUUAGACGGGGUGAUACACACAAAGGACCGAUCAAACAAUCCUAUAUAUAAGCCAUGACCAUAGAGACAUCGCACAUUAUCGCCAGGUAAAUCCUAGUUCUCUUCCAGAAUGUGGCGCAUGUUUGGCUACUUGCUGUUCGCCGCCUCCGUUGCAGCGGUGGAGGGCACAGCCAGGUCGAACAACACCAACCUGCACCGUCACGACUCGACUUUCACACCAGACUUCUACCUCAGCGUAACAUACGAGAAUCAUACUGUGGCAUGUCAGCACCGAAUGUCGGUGCUAGUCAAUGGCACAUCGCCAGGUCCAACACUCCGCCUCCCACCAGGCAAGACCAGCUGGGUCCGGGUGUGCAAUGACAUGGAUACUCACAAUACGACUAUGCACUGGCAUGGCCUUUCCCAGCGCACCGCGCCAUUCAGCGAUGGCUCACCUGUUUCCCAAUGGCCAAUUGCACCGCACCAAUGCUUCGACUAUGAGAUCCAUCCUGAAUUAGAAGACUCCGGGACGUAUUUCUAUCACUCGCACGUCGGGUUUCAGGCCAUAACUGCUGCAGGCCCGCUCAUCAUCGAAGAUGCUGCAGAGCCACCGUACGAGUAUGAUGAGGAGCGCAUAGUCUUCUUGCAGGACUACUACAAUAAGACUGACGAAGUGAUCGAACACGGCCUGGUAGCCACACCUUUCGUGUGGAGUGGCGAAGUCAAUGCAUUGCUCCUCAACGGAGUCGGUGUUGCCGUCGGUCAGACGGGAGGCACGAAUGGCUGUUUGAUGCCAGUCAUUGAUGUCGAGCCUAAUAAGACAUACCGUUUAAGGUUCGUGGGAUCGUUGGCGAUCAGCAUGGUCUCGUUUGGCAUCGAGGGCCACGAUGCAAUGGACGUCAUUGCUGCUGAUGGACACUACACAAAGCCCCACCGUGUCAGCCACAUGCAGAUCACGUCGGGACAACGCUUUGAGGCUCUUCUCAAAACCAAGUGCGCAGACGAACUGGCUGAAAGCGGAAAAUCAGACUGGGUCAUCCAAUUCGAGACCAAAGACCGUCCUACCACAUACACCGGCUUCGGCAUCCUCCGCUACUCCAAUGCACCACCCAGCAUUACAUCUGCGCCCGCCAUCGCACCCCUGCGUCUCACAAACGACACGUACGAUUUUCUCGAAUACGCACUCGAGCCUCUCACACCAAACGGCUUCCCCACCGCCUCCGAAGUAACCCGCCGUGUACACAUCACCAACCAGCAACUGACCCAAAGCACCAUAAUCUGGCAACUCGAUGGCCUAAACUGGACAGAAGACAAAUCCUACAACGCGCCGCCCUACCUCGUUGACAUCUACCGGAAUGGCCCAGAGGCGAUGCCGAACUACACUGCGGCGCUGGAGAACGGGGGCUGGGAUCCGCACACACUGGCCUGGCCCGCGAAGCUUGGCGAAGUCCUCGAGAUAAUUCUCGAGAACACAGGGUCCUUGGUGAACGGCAAUGGCGCUGUGGAUUACCACCCAUUUCACAUGCACGGCGGACACUACUACGAUUGCGGAUCCGGCAACGGCUCGUACGACGCCGCCGCCAACGAGGAGAAGCUGAAGGAUUACAGCCCCGUGCUCCGCGAUACAACCAAUCUGUAUCGUUAUGGUGAAAAGGGCAGUCCGGGGCAGCCUGCCGGGUGGCGGUGCUGGCGAUUGCGGGUGCAGGAUGCAGGGUGUUGGAUGCUGCAUUGUCACAUUCUGCAGCAUAUGAUUAUGGGUAUGCAGAGCGUGUGGGUUAUGGGCGAGUAUCAGGAAAUUGCUCGGAUUCCGUACUCAGGCGCAAAGGGGUAUCUGGAUUAUGGAGGCACGGCGUAUGGUGGGCAGGAUAUUAGUCCGAUCGUGUGGCAUGAUUGGGACGACUGAUAUAUUCAUGGUCGGGUUGGGUUCUAGAGUCUGAUGUAGGGUCUGCGUGUCUAAAUGCUUUCGUUGAUCCAGCUCGUCGUCUCUGACUGGCCUUUUAAGACUCGCUGUGGAAGCACUGUCUUUUCCUUGGACACUCACCUGCUAGAGGGAGAAGUAUGUAUGCCAGCUAGAAAGUAGCAAAAUAUAGACUACACUUACAC